CCCUCCCCCUCCUACCCACCCUCUCUCGUCCCUACCUCCCUCCCUCCAUCUCUCUACUGACAGAUAUAUCGUCAUUGUGCGGGCAGGCGGAAGGAGCUGGGUUGAACUUGAGAACGGCUCACGAGAGGAGAAGGAGGACAGGACAUGAUGCUGCUGCAGUAACCGACAUCGUUGUUAAAACAUCGCAGCAACCAGCGUAGCAACCAGAGUGUCAAGAAUGGAGCUGAUGAUAGUUAUCCUCCUGCUAACUCUAGCCCAGUCUGCAGAGAGUGGAGGAAAACCAGCUAAGAAAGUCAAGAAGGGAAAGCAAGUCAUAUGUCCUUCACAGCUGUCUGCAGAGGAGAUUGCUCAGGUACCAGCCAACUCCACCAGCAACAUCCUCAACAGGCUGAUGGUGACAUAUGACUCUCGCAUACGACCCAACUUUAAAGGUGUUCCGGUGGAAGACAAGAUUAAUAUGUUUAUCAACAGUUUUGGCUCCAUCCAGGAAACCAACAUGGACUACCGUGUGAACAUCUUCCUGCGUCAGCGGUGGAACGACCCGAGGCUGAAGCUCCCGGCAGACUUCAAAGGAGAAGCGCUGACGGUGGACCCCAAGAUAUUCCAGUGUCUAUGGAAACCAGACCUGUUCUUCGCCAACGAGAAACAUGCCAACUUCCAUGACGUCACGCAAGACAACAUCCUGUUAUUUAUCUUCAGGAAUGGAGACAUUCUCAUCAGCAUGAGGUUGUCAGUGACCCUGUCCUGCCCUCUGGACCUCACUCUGUUCCCCAUGGACACACAGCUCUGCAAGAUGCAACUGGAGAGCUUUGGCUACACCACCAGUGAUCUGGUCUUCAUGUGGAUGACAGACCCAGUCCAGAUGGAUGAAAUCGCUCUUCCUCAGUUUGACAUUAAACAGCAAGAGAUACAGUACGGAAACUGCACCAAAUUCUAUCAAGGAACAGGUUACUACACCUGUGUGGAGGUGAUCUUUACAUUAAGGAGACAGGUGGGCUUCUAUAUGAUGGGAGUCUACGCCCCCACCCUUCUCAUCGUGGUUCUCUCCUGGCUGUCCUUCUGGAUCAACCCUGACGCCAGCGCUGCCAGGGUUCCUCUGGGUAUCCUGUCUGUCCUGUCCCUGUCCAGUGAGUCCAUGUCUCUGGCGUCAGCGCUUCCUAAAGUCUCCUAUGUGAAGGCGAUAGACAUCUGGCUCAUCGCAUGUCUGCUGUUCGGCUUUGCUUCACUGGUGGAGUACGCAGUGGUGCAGGUCAUGUUAAACAGUCCUAGGCGUAUAGAGGAGGAGAAGUCUAAGAUGGCGUCUAAAGAGAAGGCUCUGAGAGAGAAAGAGGGGAAGAAGACUCCUUCUAAAACUAACACUGUCAAUGGGACCGGAGGAACGCCCAUUCAUCACGUUAGCACUCUGCAGGUGGUGGAGACCCGCUGUAAGAAGGUGUGUACAUCUAAGUCAGACCUCCGCUCUAAUGACUUCAGCAUCGUGGGAUCUCUCCCCAGAGACUUUGAGCUUUCUAACUUUGACUGCUAUGGCAAGCCCAUUGAGGUUACCGGGGCAACCGGCAAAUCACAGGCCAAGAACAACAAGAAAGCCCCGCCCCCUAAACCUGUCAUCCCCGCUGCAGCCAAACGCAUCGACCUGUACGCACGUGCUCUGUUCCCCUUCAGUUUCCUCUUCUUCAACGUCAUAUACUGGUCUGUCUACUUGUAGGGAGGGAAGGUGUGUGUUAAUAUCUGAGAAUGUCAGUGGGUAUUCCCAUUUUUUAUAUUAACAUCAUUUACUACUUUAUCUUGACCUGUAAUCCUUGACCUCUAACCCCUGACCCCUUGCCAAUGAACCCCAAUCCUACAUUUAAGAGGCUGGUUUCCCCGACUCGGAUAAGGCCCAGUCCUGGACUGCUCUCUCAAUAGAUAAAGUCCAUUGGACUUAAUCCAAGAAAAGGCUUCAUCUGUGUCCAGGGAACCAACAUGUAGAAGUGAUCUUAGAUUAGAACUCAUUCUAUACGGCCCGGCUUUUGCAAUGUAGUAACCGGCCAGAGACAGACAGGCAGACAGGCAGACAGACAGACAGGCAGACACGCAGACAGGCAGACACACAGACAGGCAACCAGGCAGACAGGCAGACAGACAGGCAGACAGACAGACAGGUAGACAGACAGGCAGACAUGCAGACAGGCAACCAGGCAGACAGGCAGACACACAGACAGGCAGACAGGCAACCAGGCAGACAGACAGAAAGACAGGCAGACAGGCAGACAGACAGACAGGCAGACAGGCAACCAGGCAGACAGACAGACAGACACGCAGACAGGUAGACACGCAGACAGGCAGACACGCAGGCACGCAGACAGGCAGAAAGGUAGACACGCAGACAGGUAGACACGCAGACAGGUAGACAUGCAGACAGGCAGACACGCAGACAGGCGGACACGCAGACAGGUAGACACGCAGACAGGUAGACACGCAGACAGGUGGACAGGCGGACACGCAGACAGGCAAACACCCAGACAGGUAGACACGCAGACAGGUAGACACGCAGACAGGCAGACACGCAGGCAGGCAGACAGGUAGACACGCAGACAGGCAGACUGCCGGACACGCAGACAGGCAGACACGCAGACAGGUAGGCAGGCAGACACGCAGACAGGCAGACACGCAGGCAGGCAGACAGCUGGACACGCGGACAGGUAGAUACGCAGACAGGCAGACACGCAGGCAGGUAGACACACAGACAGGUAGACACGCAUACUGACGGACACGCAGACAGACAGCCGGAC